AAGUGAAGUGGCGUACGAAGAGGAGGAAAAUCCCGGAUAACCUGCCUGCUUAUUAUUCUGUACAGUUGCUUUCGCCAGCAUCCGUGUUUGAUACUUGCAAACGUAACAUUUUAAUUUUUGAGAAAGCCAGCAGAAAUGAAUUCUUCCAGAAGGAACGAAAAUGACUGGCAAGGUUUGGUGAGCGAGUUCCUGGUCUGCAAGCGCAAACUGGAGAGCAAGAAGGAGGCCCUGCUCAUCCUGUCCAAGGAGCUAGACUGCUGCCAGCAGGAGCGAGACCAGUACAAGCUGAUGGCCAACCAGCUGAGGGAGCGGCACCAGGGUCUGAAGAAGAAGUACAGGGAGCUCAUUGAUGGGGACCCCAGUUUACCCCCUGAAAAACGAAAUCAGGUGAACCUGGCCCAGCUGUUGAGAGAUUCCCGGGAGAGGGGUAAACAGCUCGCGGAGGAGAUGAAGGAACUGAAUCAGCGGCUGGCAGAGGCCCAGGGGGAUAACAAGCUCCUGAGGAUGACCAUCGCCAGGCAGAGGCUGGGCGACGAGGAGGUCGGGGUGCGUCACUUCCCAGCCCACGAGCGCGAGGGCCUGGUGCGGCAGCUGGAGAGGGCGAGAGUCCUGACUGAGGAGCUGGAGCACGGCCUGAAGGCCUCCACGGACGAGCUGCAGGAUGUGAAAGCCGAGCGGGGCGUGUUCCAGGAGAAGGCCAACCGCCUCAACCUGGAGCUCAACCACGUCCUGGGCGGUCACGAGAACCGCAUCAUCGACGUGGACGCCCUCUGCAUGGAGAACAGAUACCUACAUGAGAGAUUUAAGCAACUCCAAGAAGAGGUCAGCCUGCUCAAAGUGAACAUCAUGAAGUACAAGAAUGCCCUAGAGCGGAGGAGAAACUCUAAAACGUGCAGUAAAUCCAAUAGCAGUGGUCUCACGGGAGUGCUCUCAGCCAAACAAGUGCACGAGUUGCUGGCUGAAGACGGCGGGUGUGGUCUCCCCGCCACACCUCAGUCGGUCUCUGACCUCAAGUCCCUGGCCACCGCCUUGCUGGAGACCAUCCACGAGAAGAACAUUAUCAUCCAGCACCAGCGCCAGACCAACAAGAUCCUGGGAAACCGAGUUGCUGAGCUGGAGAAGAAGCUGAAGACCUUGGAGGUGUCUGGAUUGUGGAGUCUUCCAGGAGGACGAGACGCCAUUAGCCUGAAUGAGAGCCAGCACCCCCGGCCCCUUCUGCUGGGUCCCCUGCAGCAGCCUGCACCACUGAGAGCACUGCCACCCAAAGAUGACAGGACAGGAAGUAAGGAAGCUUCAGCCUGGGAACGUGGCACAGCUGCCUCCGACAGCCACCCGAAAGUGUGUCCGGGCUCCCAAGCUGUUCCAGAUGGCAGCGGAGGGGGAGGCACACCUGUUUGUUUGGACACCUCCGCGUGCAGCGCCAGAGAGGGGGUGGAGCCCGCAGAGGAGGAGGAGGAGGAGGAGAUGGAGCGGGGGGGCGCGGCCAUCUUGAAGCUGACGGAGGAGCAGGCUAAUGAUCAAGCUGCGCUGGAGAGUCCGGUCGAGGAGCAGGAGGCCCCUGCCCCUGACGAUGUCCCCUCUCGGCCCGAAUCCGUCGUAGACGCCGCCUCGACACACCCUCAGUCUCAAACGCCUCCUGCUGUCUCAGGCCCUGCCCCAGAGGAUGUGCCUCCUCCAUGCCACACUCGGGCGGAGGAGGAGGUGCUGACAGAAACCUCUGGCCGUGAGGAGGCAUCUGGCCUCAUAUCUGUACUGUGCUCCCAGGCGGAGGAGCCGGGGUCUGACAGUAGCGCGGAGAAGAGUGACACCUACUUCUGUGAGAGCCGUGCCUAGUUGUGUGCUCUGAUCUCCCUGGUGAUGAAGACGUAGAGCGCUUCACACGACCCGCGCGGAGAGACGGAGAGGAAGAGGGAGACGCCAUUCCGCCUUGGGCUCCGGCUGCAGAACGUGCUUUAUCCGCCACGUCGGCUUUGUUCCCGGGGUUUCACGUGCUCCGUGCUUCUUUACCAAACAGUCGCUUCUGGUGAAAUGCAAAGGGGUCAUUAGGUAAGGGUCUCUCAGGUCUCGGGGGUCUCUGUGGGUUUUCCUGCUGUGUUGCUCGUGAGGAUACCUACCCGUGAAGCACACAAAUGCCCUUGGACAGAUUGACAGAUGGAUGGGGAGGGUGUGUGCGCUGUCCAGUGAGCAGAUAUAUUUUUGGAUUGCUCCCAAAUAGGCUUUCUGCACGCUACUGUUCACGAGAGACUACCCAGGAACUCCGUAAAACCCAAGGAACUAGGAAAUGAUUUUCAAAUAUAAAAUUAAUUUAUGGCCGCACUACCUUAUUUAUUAUUUAUGGGGUAUGGUAUAUCGCUAAUGAUCAAGCUAAUAUAAGCGUACUUGAAGCAUAAGGCACAAAUUGCCCUAGUGGGACGUUGGUAAACUAGCCAUUUCUUAAUGUUUGUGGUUCUUAAACUGGGCUGUUAUUUUUGUUGAUUGUUCAGCUCAGAGUUCAGGCUCUCCUGCUCAGCCUUGUGUGGUUUAUUGACUGUACAUAGGGCUUCAGAAAACAUGAUCAUGAUCUACAAAGCACAUAUCAAAGUCCAAAGGCUAGCAGCAACCUCUCGUGAUGUCGUUGCACAACAUUUGUCCCGGUCAUAGUCGUGGUGGGGGUCCGAGCCUAUCCCAGCAUGCUUUGGGAACGAGGCAAAGAAUCCAUCACAGCACACACUCUCCGUUCACUCACACACUCAUACCUACGGGAAAUUAGCAGUCUCGCAUUGGCCUAAUUUGUUCAGUGUGAUAUUGUGAGCUCUCGUGUUCCGCUCACCACGGUGAGAAUCGACAGCCAGACCCCUUUCAUUUCAGGAGAUCGUUCCCAUUGCCGAAACCAUAAGCAUGUUUCAUUAUUUUCUGGGGAUGUAAGUUACAUUAAAUGGGAUCUCCGUGUGAGUUUGUACAAUGCCUUCAUUCUCGCUCGCGCGCCCCUUCCCUAAGACUCAAACCCGUCACGCCAGCUGGCCUCACUGAGAGAAAAAAAAAGAAAAAAAAAAGCAUGGUGCCAAAAUUCAUAAACUGCUUAUUUCGCAGAAUGCCGUUUUCUAUUUUUACCCCGCCACAACGUUGGCGGGAUUCAGUACGCGCGCUUCCCUGCUGCCCCGCAGCUGAUUUGGCAGAUUGGCGCGGCGUUCGAGGAAUGAGAUGGCUUUAUAAAACUGAUACAGUUUUUUUACCAGCGUUGUGUUGUAGCAGCGUGGGCUUUGGAGGAGCAUUAAACCAGUGUAGCGGCUCGCAGUGGCGUCCGUUAAUCGCAGCCAUCGCCGGGGCCUGUGUUUUGUGAAAUAACUGUUGACGGAAGCAACAUUUCUCUCCUCUUCCCCUCGAUGCAGUGCCGAGUGCUAUCUGAAUAAAUCUAAUAAAGUUUGAGUGGGUUUCUAUGGGAGACGACAAAAUGUAUCGCAACUCGGGAUUGAGCGAGUUGAACAGUUUCAGCUCCUGCUGAGAGGGUGAAAAGCAGGCUUUGUCUGGGCGCGAGAUGGAUUGAAGUCGACAAUUCACUUUUCAUCCCCUUCUCUUGCAGAUUGCCUAGCGCAGUCUGUCAUUGGCGCAGUGGGAGAGCAGAUCUUCCCGCUGCAUCUUCUGCCUCUUGCCCGAUUAGAAGGGGAGAUGCACAUUUGCAAAAGCUGAGGCACCGUUCAAUUAAACCUGAGGGUGCCUGGGCGAGAUCUCAUUCCGUAGUGAUGGAUCGAACCCUGCUUUUCGGACACCGCAUUUUUCUUGCUGGAGCAGACUUUCUUUUCUGGUCCGUGAUGGCGUAGGCGGUUUAGUGCCGUCCUGUGCUUCUCUGGACCAGGGGGGGGUAUUUCACAAAGCUGGCUAACUUACUUUGCUUGACUUCUGCACUGAAUGAAUCCUGGAACCCCCUCAAAUAUGGAACAGUAAAAAUGGCUGUUCCGGGUUUUAAUUGGUGCUUCGUGAAAUACCUCCCAGGUUUCUGAUGCAGGUCUGGCUGGAGGUCUGUAGAUGCCGGUUUCAGUUUACGGCCUAACUUCAGCACUAGUGUGAACAGAAGAUCCAGUGUCUUCCACUGGAAUGGUGGGAAAAAUGCGGCCACAGUCGCUGUUGCCCUUCCCACUGCCCAUCGGAGUAAUUUUAGUUUUUCAUACCCGUAUCCCAGCAGCAGUGUGUAGGGAGUGCUGAUUGGCUGUAUGGGAGCAGGGUAUGCUGGGAGGGUCCAAUGGGCAGAGCCCUCUCCGCUUGGUGACAGACGCAGUCAUCUGACUCCAGGAGCCAGAGGGGGGUGUAAUUAGGGGCGCCACUGGGGAAAGCACUCAUCUACUGAUUUUAAUCAAACCCCGAGGAGCCGAGUGUGGUGCAUCAGCUGGGGGUCACAGCGGGAGGCCUAGUCACUGCAACAGGAACCAGCCUUUCCACACAGUCCUCCAUCGGGUUAGUGCAGGGCUCGACCACCCUGGUCCUGCGAAUCUAAAGUCUUCAAGCCCCAAAGGUCUCUCUGAAGUUUAGCUUUUUUUUUUUUUUUACUUUGGUGGACAGGUAUAUAAUUCAAAACUGGAAAAUAACACUGAACGCUCAGUAAAGCGUAAUGCCCUUGUCUUGUAGAGCAUUUGACUCCUUGUUAAAGUCUUCUCAUGCAUUGAUUAACAAGAUUUGUGCAGAAAAUCAGUGUACCAUAUUUCACACAGUAACUGGACCCUAUCUUUUGUUCUUAUUGGAUGAAAUUGGCAAAAAGUUUUAUUAUUAUGAUUAUUAUUAUUAAUGAUGGAACUGCAGAUAAUCUUUUUGAAUGUUUUGUCUGUUUCUUUAUUGUCGAGGAAUCAGUGUUUGUAUAAUAAACAGGCAUAGUAAAGUAUUAAAUUGCUGUUCCUUCUUUCAACUGCGACAGCUGCCCCCAAACACACUAUUUUAGCUGGCUAUACGGGGGUGAUCAUGCUUUUGUUUGGAUUGGCCUUUGUAUUAGUAAUUUCUUAAGGUCUCCUAGUUUGCUAUGUGGUUAAACCUUCUUUUUCUCUUAUGUUCCAGUGAUACUGAGUUGUGCCUCUUUGAGUUAUUUAUUGCCUGUAAUUAUGCUUGUUGUGUUUCCACAAGGGCAAAUCCUGCGUAAACCGUUGGUGGAACAGAAGGGUCAGUGCACUUUAUGUCAUUAUUUAUCUUCCAUUUCAUUUGUUUAUGUAUUUUGAACCGAGGUGGAGAAUAUGUGAAUAGUUAUGCAAAUAAAGUACAUAAAUCACAUCAUAUGCUGCUGAAUGCCCUCCCGCGCAAAGGGGAGAGACCCAGUCAACUUUGUUUUAUUCUUUCUGCAUUUCUGGGUUCCUGCAACUUACUGGGGAGCAGGCCCCGAGACUGGGAAUAUUUUCUAAGCCAUUGUUGAAUGAAUAUUGUGACAUUUAGCUGGUGACGUCACUGUUGAAAAGAGAUACGCUUGUCAAGAGCAGAUAAGCGCGGGGGCCAUGCAGCAAGUCUGCAGCAGCUGGGCUGUACAGUCAGAUCUCUAUUAAGAUAGUCGAUUAUGGGCCUGCCUGAUAGCAGGAGACAAGAGUACUGAUAUCUAAAGUGUAACAGAAGUAAUGGACUCUAUGCAGUUCUAAUGCGAAAGCGCUCUAGAAGGGGGCGAAUUAGCCAAGCUAGCAGAGUGUGCGCCGUUACAAAUUUAAAUCCCGAGACUUGCCAUCCUUUGUAUUUCCAGCUCAUGACGAUGGUUAUGCAAAUGCAGGGCCACAUUCGAGCACGACGUGGUUCUAAAACCCUGAAAAUGAAGCCUUACAGUUUACAGAAAAAAAAAAAAGAAUUGAGUCUCUCACGUUGUCUCCUAAUAGCUUUUCCUUCGCAAGUGAAAGUGUGCCCUGCUGGGGAGACCCCUCCGGAGUGACAGUUGGUCGCUUCAGUGGCCCGGCAGGGUUCGACUCCUCCAGUCCUGGAGGGCCUGCUACCUGUGGGGCUUCAAUCUCAAUUACCGCUGCCUGUGAUUAAGACCCGGAAAAUCGCAGCUUUUCACCUCUUAAUCAACUGACAAGGCCCGAGGUGGAAGGAAAACCAGGAACUAAUGAAGGACCAGAAUCAGUCAGCCUUAGUCUGAGAGCCAUAAUGCAUCAGCAGGUGCAGCCCAGAUAAAAGUGGCCGCCACACAGUCACUGAAGGUGGGAGUGAGGCUGGCAUGAAGCACUUUGUAUGCCUAAUAGGAGGGCGGGGGGGGUCCUCAUUUAAAGUUUUGACAUUUCUGUCUCUCUUUCCCCCUCUCCAGAUCUCAUCAGCAGUGACCUUUAGCAGCUCCAGAUGUGGCUAACUUGAUGAAUGCGCCGUGGAUCUAAAUAAUGUUCCCUUUUAUGAAAGAAUAGAGUACUUACGCCUUGUUAUUUCUGAUAUACGCUUCAUUUAAUGGUUUUAUUAAAUCUUUAAGCCCUGCAUUUGGUUUGUCUUGGAUUUUUACUUUUAGAUGUUGGAGAUAUUUGUAACGUAUCACUGAAACACGACAGUGGAAUUAUAGCAAGUGAAAGUGGUACUGCUAUAUAAUAAUUAUGACAGUAAGUUGAAAAAAUUAAAAUGACAAUUGAAAUGAAUUCAUCUGGAUUCCAGUAGAGGAAUUUUCUAUUAAUAGGAUUUUAACAGAGGGAGUAUGCACAGAUGGCAGUCUCAGCCCCCAUGAACACAAUCGUACACUAUCAGGUAGAAUAUUUGUAGAAUAAUGUUUUGAUCUUUUGCAUAGCCAGACUGCAUUUCACAUUUUGAAUGUUAAGCACAAUGUUUUGGACGGUGGUCAGACUUAUGAAUAUAACUAAAACAACGUAUCAGAAUUAAAGCGCAUAUGCCAACACUAUAACUAUACGAUUACACUAUACUGAAUAGUUAUGUUUAAUGUAGGCUCUUGUGAGGUUUAACUAUUUCCAAAGAUUUAUGACCACCCCUCCAGGCAGAUUCUCCAGCUGCUUCACAUUUCUGGAGAUCGUAGUGACCAUUUCAAAACCUUCAUCUGUCUUUCCUGGAAGGUACUUCAUGGUUGACUUCGAGGUAUGCUCUGGAUCAUUAUCUUGCUGGAAUAUCCAACAUUUCUUCAACUUCAAUGUCUGGACAUUAGCCUCUACAAUUUCUUGCUAUUUAAGUCUUUCUUGCUGGUGGAAUCCAUUCUUCCUUCCACUCGCACAAUAUUUCUUGUGCCCCCAGCUGCCACACAACCUAAAACAAUAAUGGAUCCACCUCCAUGCAUCACAAUUGGCAAGGUGUUCUCUACAAAGGCUUCACCCUUUAUUCUCCAAACAUACGUUCUUUGAUGGUGGCCAAAAAGUUCCAUUUUGGUUUCCUUCUGGCAACUCUGCCAUGUCGGUCUUUGUUGUUUAAAGUACGUUGUAGUGUUGUCCUGUGAACCGCUAGACCUGUGUCUGCUACUUGAUGUGUGGGUUCUUAUGAACAUUUCUCACCAGGUCUCAGGCCAUUCUAUCUGAAAUAUUUCUUGGUCUUCCAGACCUUGCCUUGACUUCAACUGUUCCAUUAUCUUCCAUUUUCUAAUAAUGUUUCUGACAGUGGAAAUAUGCAGUUGAAACAUUGAGUUUUGGUAGGAAAUUAACCAUUUUUGCACCCCACUGUAUUACACAUUAAUCCCUCAGGUCCUGCUCACUUGUUGCAUUGCCUUUCUGUUCAGUGUUUUUCAUUCUAUUGUUGUAGUGCACAUAUCUAUACCUUUUUUGAUGUAUAUUUGAAGGAUUAAAGGAAAGUAGCCUGUGCUGAUUUACUUGUAUAAAAGUUUUAUACCAAUAUUAUUUGAGCCUUCAGCAAACAAUAUAAAAUUCUGUCUUAUUUUUAUAUAACUUUUUGAAGAACUUAUGUUAGGUUUGAUGUGAUUACAAUACACAAUUCAGCUUUUCCAGCGACCUUUAUUUUGAUGAGUAACACACAAUUACACUUAAUUAUUAUCACGAUAUUAUUCUGUGUAAUAUUGUCAUAACAAAAUAAAACGGCAAAGAACUGCGAUUAGUAAUGCUAA